UGCGGAUUAUUAGGGCGCACCGGUUUUCAAUUAUCCAAUUUUGAUCGAGUUUGACCCUUCCGACGAAAAGAAGCUACAAUUGGCUGUCGGGGAGAUCUAUUCUUUUGAUGAAAUUAAUCGAGCAAAAUUUCACUCCGACUUCUCUUUUUCUGUCUUCUUUGUCGAAUCUCAAUUCAAAUUGUCUUCGCCAAUUAAGGCCAGAGUAUGUGCGGCCGCAUCUCCCCUGGGCUAUGAGACGAGUCCCUGCUAAAAUAAUUCCCAAUUUCCAAUCGCCAAGAAUUUACCCUAAUUCGAUCAUGGCAAGUGAGGGAACCAGAGAAAUGCAAUCAUCAGUUGAUUCGAAGGAGAAAGGUACGGAGAAGAAAGAAAAGAAAGAGAAGAACGUGAAAUUGCCACCACCGCCGGAGAAGCCGUUGCCGGGGGAUUGUUGUGGGAGUGGAUGCGUUCGAUGUGUGUGGGACAUAUAUUACGAAGAGCUUGAAGAUUACAACAAGCUUUGCGAGAAAGUGGGGGAAGAGCUGAGCGGUCGGUUACGUUACGUACGGGAGAAACAGAAAGACGGUGUUGAUCCGUUAAAAAGGCCCAGUAGGCCCAAUGGGCCUCAUAAUACAUAUAUGAAGAUUUGGGGGUGGAAGGAUUGUGUGUAAUUUUGGAGGAUGGUGUUGCGGGGAUUUCAGUUUCAG